AUUCUUUCAAAUAUAUCUUGAAGAGAGCUCCCCCGAAUUAAUAGACUUUUCGAGGAACACCACCCUACGGCACGCGUGUACUAGUACAAUGAUGAGCCAUUUUACGCUUCUUGAUGGUGAUAAUGUCAUCUCGACUCUCACCAUUCGCAACUUCGAACUUUCCCAACUGCUGAGAGUGGCCGUUACCUUCCUCAACUGUUACAAGAACGACAGUAAUCGCAUCGUCACGGAACAUGAACGCACGAGAUGGAAGAACCGCGGGCGGGUAGCUGCCCAAAUAUGUGCUUUCGCAAAAGCAUCAUCCGGGGUCACGGCUUCUGCAGCGGGGAGUUUCCGCCCUAACCCUGGUGAUCUCAUCGUACUGUUAGACAUCACUGCUAUCGACCAGUCACCUCCACUCUUGGGAACCUUCCUGUCUGCCCAUAUGAUAAACGCAGCUCCGAUGACAGAUGACCAGGAAAACUCCAUUUCUCAACGGCGGAACUUGCUGGAUCGAUCACCCGUCCGGAUCAUAUACGAACAUACGGAUGCGGGUGAUUAUUUCCGCUGUCGCGGCCGCGUGAAGACUCUCGCAGACCUUAUCAUAAGCAAAAUGCGGGACCCCAGUGAUACACUCGAAUCAAGGGCCAAUCAACAAGUCCAACGCCGCGAGCAACGACAUGGACCAAGAACCAGAAGCGUAUCCAAAGACCACGCAACUGCUCUCGAGCAGGUCAGAAGGCAGACGAUCAGCGCGAUUGACCGUUUAGCCUCAAAGGGCAUUCCCGACAAAUACGUGCCCCUGCUGCUGAUUUACUUUGCUAGGUUACGGAUCCCUGCCGACAAGAUUGUUGAAUUGAUGAAGGCGACAAGAUCAUCCCUGAAUGUUUUUAAUAUGAGGAUCUUUGACGACUAUGACUAUGAGCUACAGGAUGUUCUUAGAAUUCUUCAAGAAAUGUGCCCCGUUAAAGCGAUCGUUCUCUCGAGGCAUCCCAGUAUCAAGGAAUAUUUGGGACCCAUAUGCAAAAGCCGCGGGCUUGAGAGAUUGAUCGUUUUGGAUGAAUCUUUACGGGACGGAUCAGCUCAGGGGUACAUUGAACUCGCGGAUUUCCAAAAGUAUCCGCAUUUGGAGAUCAGUCAUCCUCUACUUUGGGUCCAACCGUGCCCUUGCCGCACCCCCCCUUCCCGCGAUUAUCUGGGACAAGCAAUUUUCGCCCACAAAGUGUACGAACGGUGGAACGUAUCUAUCAGAUCCCUAGUCGGAUCUUUCCAAACGGUACAAGUCCUUGAGAGACGAUUGCGAACAUCGACGGGGACACUCUCAGCAGCCCAGGGUCUGCCCUCGCUUAGGCGAGAUCUUGCCACGUUACUUGCUGUGGACGUAAACCGCCCCCCCCUUCGCCUCUCAUUACCUGAAGAGAGUCCUCUCUAACCUAAUAUAGGAAGAGUUUACAGUUCUCCCCCCUAUUUACACCCUACUCUCUGACGACUCCGAGGCGGACCAGACCCCGGAAGAACACUUCAUCGACUACUCUACGCUGAUAGUGGCCUGGACUUCUUCCUCGAAUCUCUCAGUUAGCAUUGCCUGGCUCGACGGCGACCAAAGCAGACAUGUUAAAAUGAAGCGACGAAGGCACCAUAUUACCGAAAUGACGAUCCGUACCAAGAAAUGUACGGAAAGGUACCACCCGGUUCCCAAGGACGAUGUCGAAAUGAUUCUGGGUGAAGCUACUAGGAAAUCAAAGAGGCGGACCAAACAGCAUCGAUAACGAGCCUUUCUGCAGUUGUGACAGAUUUAAUCAAGAGCCAUCUGAAACC